AUGCGCAACCAGCUCUUCAUCUUCUCUGCUCUUUCCGCCCUCGGCUCCGCCGCCGCCAACCCCGCCGCCGACGCCGAUUGCAAAUGCACGCCCUCGGACCCCUGUUGGCCCUCCGACAGCCAAUGGGCCACGCUCAACACCACUCUCUCCGGCCGCCUCAUCCACACCCACCUGCCCGCCGCUGUGUGCUACCGCUCCAACCCCGCCUACAAUCAGUCCGCCUGCACCGCCCUCUACCCCGAGUGGACUACCCCCGAAUUCCACUCGGCCGACCCCGCCAGCAUCCCCGCGCCCCAUGUCGCUGGUAACACGUGCAACCCCAUCUACGAAAAUGGAACCAGCAUCGCCGGUGACCCCGAUGCCGGUAAAAAGGGCUGUACCAUAGGCGAGUACCCGCCGUACGUCGUCAACGCGACGGGCGCCGCUGACGUGCAGGCCGCCGUGCGCUUUGCGACUGAGCACAGUUUGCGCUUGAUUGUGAAGAACACGGGACAUAGCUCGGGGCGUGUCGUUGGUAAGGGUGCGCUGUCCAUCUGGACGCACCAUUUCAAGGGAUUCGAGUUCCAUGACGGCGACUUUGUGCCCGAGGGCUGUGCGGCCAACGGCACCAAAGGCAUCAUGGCUGCGACGGUGGGCGCAGGACUGCAGGACGGCGAGUUGUAUGAGGCUGCGGCUGCGCAUGGGGCGGCCAUGACGGGCGGAACCAACUCGGACGUCGGUAUCCUCGGCUGGGCCACGGGCGGCGGCCACGGCUUCUUCACCUCGGAGCACGGCAUGGGUGCCGACAACAUCAUCCAAGCGAAACUAGUCACCCCGACCGGCAAGCUCAUUACCACCAACGCCUGCCAGAACACCGACGUCUUCUGGGCUUUGCGCGGCGGUGGCGGUGGCACCUUCGGAGUCGUCCUCGAGGCGACCCUGAAGGCGUACCCGGCGCCCAAACGUACUGACUUUGCCGCCCUCGGCAUCACGCAGAAGAACGGCACCUCCACCGAAGACUACUACCGCGCGGUGGCGCGCCUCUUUUCCCAGCUGCCCGCGCUCAAGGAAAAAGGGUUCCAGGGCUACCUGCCCAUGGGCGGCAAGUCCUGCGUGGGCUCGUUCUUCAUGUAUGACAAGCCGAACGGAACGGCACAGGCGGCGUGGACGCCGGUGAAGAAGGCGCUGGCCGAGUUUGAAGACGUCGUUGACGUAUCGUCCCAGUUCAUGGUGUUUACUGAUUGGUACAAUCAGUUGUUCAAGGUGUAUACGGCGUCUUCGAGCGAUGGCAAGGGCGGCGGGGCCCGCACUUCGCGCUUGUUGCCCAAGGAGGCGUUGGAAGAUGAGGAGGCUCUGGCGAAGACGCUGCAGAUGGUUGGGCCGCAGGGAAGUGCACACAUUGAGGGUCCCAUCUCCGACUUCUCACUCUCAGCCAGCAUGAUCGCCUCUAGUACGCCUGAGGACAACGCACUCAACCCUGCGUGGCGCGACGCGGUGGUGCAUCUCAUCUCGUCCGUCAGCUGGGACGACGCCACUCCCGCCGACGUGGCCGCGGCUGCGCAGAGGGAUAUGACGGACGUGCGGGGCGGGGCGCUGCGCAAGCUGGCGCCUGAGUCCGGCGCGUAUGUUAAUGAGGCGGACACCGAGGAGCCGCAGUGGCAGGCUUCGCUGUUCGGGAAGAACUAUGAACGUUUAAGUGGGAUCAAGGAGAAGGUAGAUCCUGAGGGGUUGUUGUGGUGUAAGCAGUGUGUUGGAAGCGAGGCGUGGAGGGAGGAUGGCGAGGGAAAGCUUUGUCGCGCGGGGUAGGUGAAGAGAGAUGGUUGAGGUUGUGGUUGUUGGUGAUGUGGUGGGGGUUAUUGUUUGUGAGAGCUUAGGUUGAUUUUUUGGCUGAUGCUUCUGCAGACGGUAAUUCUCCGCAUACCAGGUCGUCUACUGCGCACAUGCUGGCGCUGCGGACUCAAAGUUGGAACUAUCACGAGGGCAGUGAUGGCACAUAACCCCGCCAGCCCUGCGGU